AUGGAGGGAGGUAGCCGCGCGGACGGGCGGAACCCGAACCAGCUCCGGCCGUUCUCCUGCACCGGGAACCCGCUCCACCGCGCCCACGGUUCCGCGCGGUGGGCGCAGGGCGACACCGUCGUGCUGGCCGCCGUGUACGGGCCCAAGCAGGGGACCAGGAAGGGGGAGAACCCCGAGAAGGCCUCCAUCGAGGUCGUGUGGAAGCCCAAGACCGGCCAGAUCGGAAGGCAAGAGAGGGAGUAUGAGAUGACACUCAGGAGGACGUUGCAGAGCAUCUGCUUGCUCACAGUUCAUCCUAACACCACCACCUCUGUUGUGCUUCAGGUUGUGGGUGACGAUGGCUCUGUAUCUUUCCACAUGAUGUAG